AUGAAGUCUCUUGAGACACUGAAAGAGCUUUGUGAUUUUGCUGAGUCACUGAAAACUAAUGAAAAUAAGAGUCCACAUGAUUUACUUGAUAAAUUGUGCACAGGCCUCGAAAAAUUUCUCGGCUACAGUAAUGGUAAUUACACGGGUGAUGGCAUCGUGUACUCUGACCUUGACAGGCUGUGCGACGGGGUGAUGGCGUUCCUUCAUGGUGUUUUAAGUAACAUUAAGCCUAAAUUAGGCUUACAUAGUCAUCACAUUAAUGAUGCUAUAAGGCUUCUUAACACCAAUAAACACUCUGGCAAAGAAGGUUUUAAUGCUGCGAUUGGCGAAGUGGUCAAGGGGGUGAACAAGUAUAAUGAGGGUGUGAAGGCGUCGAAUGAGAGUAUUACGGAUAGAAUGACAACAUUUAUGGAACAGAUGAGUAGAAUGAAAAGUGAUGUUGCAAAAUAUAAUGAUCAUAAUAGUGUCAGGGAUCUUGAUGUUAAGGUCAGCCAGUGUCUCAUGGAGGCGCAGCAGUACUAUCACGGCAUGGACGCUCAAAAAAGUAGUAAUAUUAAAGACCUCCAAAAUGAAUUGGAGAAAGAUGUUAAUAAUGCUACUGAAAUAAUUAGAUAUCAGCGUGGGAGGCUGAGUGCAAUCCAUGACACUCAGAAGAGGCAUUUGCAGCAGGUGACUGAAUUGGUUGAGAGUAGGAUUGAUGCUGCCAGAGAUUUAAUCAAGUCAACUACGACAGAGAAAAUACGGGAUUUUGUUAGGGAUUUAAAUAUGAAAAUAGAUAUGCUAAGUAGGAAAGUUUGGGAUGCUGAUGCUGCCUUGAAAAAAUACGUCACCGACAUUGAAGGAUGGAUAAAUAAAGCAGAUGAUGCAGUUGAUAAGGCGAUAACCAAAAUUGAUUGCAUUUUAGAUCAAGUGGAUGGGUCUAGAAGAAAAGAUACAAACAAGCAAAACCUAGAAGAAGCUGUUGAGGACUUGAGAAAGAAAACGCUUCAUUUCUUGGAGGCGUACAACUAUGCCAAAGGGGUGUACACAGCGGCGGCGGCGAAACUCCCGGAUUUGCUUGGUAAGGUCACGCAGGCAAUUAAGGGAUUAGAUAGUGUUAUCAUGAAUGAUUUGGAAAGCCUAGAAGCAAAAUUCAAGACUGCGUUAGGAGAAUAUGUUAAGGAGCAGGUUGAUGCUCUUAUUGAUGCUAUUAAUGCUGCUGAUGCAUCCGGUGGAGGAGGUAUGGAAGCUAAAGCUGGCCCCGGCAUUAAAGGCCUGAAAAAUGUGAGUGCAUUAAUGGAGACUAUCGAAAGAGCCGACGAACUGUUGAAGGACACCAUAGAACUUGCGAUGAGUGAUUUUCACGAUUUUACUGGUUCGAGUACUUGGUCAAAGGGCGAUAAAAAUCCUGUAAUUAUAGCACUCAAAGAUGAUCUUGAGAGCGCAAUUGGGACCGUGAUGACCGAGUAUCUGAAGAGCACUGAUGAAUUCAGAACUCAAAUGAAGGCCUAUAAACCAUAUGUUGAGAGUAACGGUGCAAUUGACAGGGCCAUUCAAGACGUUCGCGGGAAAACGUUAGGCAAAUUCACUGAUCCAAUAAACGUAAAAUCGAUCGACAAUGAGUCCAUAAAUCAAAAUGCGAACAAUUUUCGGACUAACUUCGGACAGCUCUGCAAAGCGAUUACCGAUGCUGCUGCAGACGGCAAUGCCAGCGCUAAAGAUAAAUUGAAGGAACUUAAAGGAUUAAUCUCAAAGGAAAAUCCGAAACAUACAGAAAAAAUCAAUGGAGCAAGAGACACCAUUCUGGAGAACAUCAAAACAAACUACGUCGUGUUCCUCAGAGCGCAGCUUCACGAAUUCGCCACGAAAGUCAACGAGUUACUUACCAACCUUCCCACCAAGGUGGCUUCGGAUGCAGACAAACAUUACAAGGGUUUUAUGAAGGAGCUAAAAGGGAACUUAGAUGAUAACCUUAUUGGUGUAAAUAUGUCCAAUCUAGGCACUGUAUCUCCAAAGGUGAGGGAUUUCUUCAUUGCACUGCUUACGACUCUCAACGGCAAUCCAGAGAUUAUGUUAAAUCGUGAUAAUAUCCCAGACCUGCAACACAAACUCUCCACCCUCCUCUCCUCCCUCUCCAAAUACGACCGCCCCUUCCAAAAAAAUCUCUCCGCCCUUGCUUCCACCCUCUCCACCAUCCGCCCCGCUUCGUACUCCGCCCCCACCAAUCCCCUACUCGACGUUCUAAAAACAGGCCUGACAGGGAUGCACGAUGAGCUCCAAAAGGCGUACGUGUCGGUGUAUGACGGUGAGGCGUGGCAGCCGGAGCACGAAAACAAAUACGCGAAAAUAUGUUUCACCUGUUUGCCCACCUUAACUACCGCAUUGACUGAGCUUAGGGAACAGUGUGAAACAGAUGGCGACUGGAAGACAGAGAAACUGUGCCUAAUGAAUUCAACCGCCUCUAAUCCCCUCGGCAAUUUCCUCGAUCAGUGUGGCUAUACAGUAGCGCAAAAUAAUGCUUCUAAGGACGGUGAGUUACAACAUAAGAGUGAAUGGAAUGGCCAAAAGAUUCUUGCAGACUGUCUGCAAGCAAUUCCCAAGGCUGCUGACAUUGACCAUCUUAAGACUUGUAUGCCACGUCAAAAACAAUUCACCGUCCUGGAACUCCUUCGGUGUAUCCUCUCUCACCGUAGCGAAUUUUUCCAGGUUGGCCAUAUUUCCACUUUCGCAGCCAGGAAGCAUCCCUCUUCUGUUAACGAGAUGCUUGUCUGGCUUACCGGUUUGCCACAUAAUUUCGCGCACAAAAACACCAAAACGUAUGUUAAGACGUUGUACAAGGUGCCGGAUGGAGCUGGUAAGCCACCUAAGCGUGUUCAAUUCAUCGACGCCCAUCCGUCACCAAUCGGCUAUAGAGACAUUGACAACGCAAUUAAUAACAUUACAUCCCUAUCUCCCACUCUCGUGACAGCCAUCGUCGGUCACGGCGACUUGCAUAGCUUGUAUGCCUGCGACCUUUAUGACAACUCCAUGAAAUUGCAUUAUCCUCAAAGCGGGGAGGAUUGCUUCAACAUGCUAGUUGACAUCAUUCGUAGAUGUUUACCCCCGUUGAAAUUCUUGCUCACCCAGUGCAGUCGUAGACCUGAACGCUGUGGUUGGGGCGGUUGUCUUUACGGCAGAGAUGUCAUGACAACUAACUCUCAAUGUAAUUACCACUCAACAGGUCAACCAACGUGCCAAUCAAGCAGCCAACCUACCGACCAACCUGAGUGCCAAGCAACUUGCCGACCUACGUGCCAACCAGCGUGCCGACCAACAUCGCCACUUAUGUCCUACCUAAAUGAUUGUCUUCCCGGCCACCUACCGCACCAAUUAACCAGUGUAGGUUGUAGAUCCGUAUGUACCACCUGCCCUGGCGGUAAACCUGGGCAGCCUUGUUUAACUCCUCUUGGUUUCAGAGCCUUUUCUGGGUCCACUAAAUCAGGUCUGCAUUUAAGUGAGAUCAUUGAUGCGUUCAUUAGGGGCUCUAAUAUUUCACCCCUAUUAUGCGUUAUACCGAAGCCACCAUCUACGUUGCCAGAGCACAUCGCCUUUGCGUUGUCAUUGGUUAACGGUUGGCGUCACAGAGCCACGCAUCCGUUUAGGAAUGUGAUCGAGUUGUCCAUUCGUGAUGUUUCCAUUGACCUGGUCUCGGACAGUUCCGAUCUCACCAACGCAUUCGUUGAUGCAUACGGUUCCCAAUCUGCUACGCACACCAAUUGCAACCAUGCGCAUCUCAUGAGCAUCAUAGACUCCGGCGUAUGUAAAAGCAAUGAGAACAUUUUCUGCACUCCCAACGUCUCAAGCUUGUGUCGUGAAUCAUACGGCUACUUCGUGAACAAACACUCUAACCUCUACCUGUCAUGGGCGCUCUAUCUACCAUGGCAACUCUUGCUGUAUCUUGAAGCAUUGUGCGAUGCAUUCAAAAAUAUUUUUUGCCACGAUUGGGGAUGCCGUUCAUGCUUGAAUGGAUCUACUUGCAAGAGGGGGGAACAUGGUCUUAAAGACAAUUGUGGAUGCCCCUCCAUCGUAAAUUGCAGAGGUGCCUUGCCCACCUUAUAUCGAUAUGGAGUUACAUUCGGCGAAGAUUGGACAUCUAACAACGCAGGUAAAGCGACAACGUGCUUCGAUUUCUGUACUCAAUUAAACAACAUACUAAAAUCAUCGCAUUUCUCAGAACUAUUCAAGGCGAUCGACAACUUCAUCUAUUGCAUCCGCCUCCCAUUCAUGACCUUACUCCUCACCCUCUGGUCGCUGUCGCUCCUCUACCUGCUGCACAUCGCCGUCGUCCGCCUCGACGUCCUGAGGAUACGCUCCCACCUGAGAUCACCCUCCAGCCACCGCAUCGCCGCCCAGUCGCUGCUCGCCGCCGCACGCGUCAGGGCACUCGCCAACGUCAAGUACUUCUCACCAUAA